UGUUCCCAUGUCAACCUCAAUCCGGGUCUCUUUCAAACAGGCGGAGAGACCGCUGAGUUGUUUGUUGGCAGAGAUGCUCGCUGAUAGUUUACCAGAUAGAGAGGAUCGGGAAGAACAUCGUGGGAAAGGAGCUUGACCCACUGCUGCAUCAACUAGCUCUCAGGGUGCUCUGGUUCCGAGAAAGAAUCUCUAGGGUAUCGGCAGGCAGAGAACCACAGGCUAAACGUCCAGGACUCACAGCCACACAGCGCUGCCCGAGCUUCUAAAGUUCUAAAGUCAGUACUAGUAGGUGCGAGGAGGCUUACAUACUCGAUCAAGUGCACAGAAGCAAGCCUCCUGUUUGUGUAGUUUGGAAGACUGCACCGAGUGAUAGUCGACACCAGCGACGCUAUUCUCACAUCAUCUUGCUGACGACAUGCGUUUGCUCCAGGUCUCCGGAGCACUGUGUUGCUUCGCAGCCUUCCUAGCUUUAUUACAAGUUGGUCGAGUGACAGCCCAAGGUCGUGGUGGUGGAGCCGGUGCGGGUGACGAUGAUGAUGACGAUGCUAGAGUGAUACUAAAUAUCACACAACUGAACAACCUGGGUUUCAAUGCCAGCACGCAUGCUAUCCGCAUAGUCAUCGCCAACACAACGCAGGGAAAUUUUACGGGGCCACCCCUCGAUGCCAUGGGAAUGCCAAUUGGUGGCACUGCCAACCUGACAGAGCCCAUCGCGUCUAAGAUGGCGGUGCUUCUCGCGACGUCCGUUCAGUCCUUCUGCACUGACAACGCCAGUGUGUGCAAUGUGAUAGACAACAUGACAUUGCUAGCGAAGCAGUUGCCGGAGGAGAACCAGGUGGGAUUCUUAGCAGCCAACUACACCUACGAUAGCAUCAGUGGAUCUUUGACGGUAUACGGGUACUACCGACUUCCCACACCCGCUGGCAGCACUAAAGUGAUGCAGGAUAUUCGCAAGGACAUGACGCAGAACUUCCUCCCAUCCAGCGUGCUCGUUGGUGCACUGCAAAAAUACUACAGGCAAGUCUGCGAAGGAAUUAUAAACAGCACGGUGAGCAUUAUAUCGUACGAAACUCUGUCUGGGAGUGCAAUCAGCUCUGCCUGCCCAAAGCCAACAGUCUUGCCGACAACCGUGGCGCCUACAACCAUAGUACUACCUACUAGCUCUAGUGCUGCUUCGGCAGCAACAGUAUCCCCAGUUGCGACUACCACGGCACCCACCCAGGUCACAAGCAUGGGGGGAACAACACAGUCGGCGCGAACUGACGUAACAUCCCCGGUGGUAGGAAUGACGGGCGCGCAGACUACACCAGCACCUGUUGUCAUCCCAUCACAGACAGCAUCCGGCGUAACUGUUGUCGCCGUGUCUUCCCUGACAGCAUCCGGCGUACCUGUUGUCGUCCCUUCACAGACAACACCCGGUGGAAUGCCCACAAUGAGACCCACAAGUAUGAUGCCAAGCAGGCGCCCUUUGUCGUCGCAGCCACCAGAUGCACCCACCGCUGACCUGCCACUAGAAAUCAUUGCUAAGUUCACGUUGUCCGGCACCAGUCGGGAUGUGUUUACUGAGCAGCUGGAAGAGUUGUAUGCGACGGCUGAAAGUCUGGUCAACAACAACUGCAGCGCGGCUGGCAACAGGCCACCGUUCAUUGAGUUCUACCCGAUGGAUGUGCAGUUCGGUGCAGAUCUCAUCACGUUCUCGCUGGGCUACCUUCGCAACGCAAACUCCAGUACGAUCAACUGUUCACUGGUUAGUACAGAAGCCACGCUGGGAGAUCAGCUGCGCGAUCUCUUUGACAAUCCAGAGGUGGUGUCCACGCUGCAGGCGUUGGUCAAUGGCACCUUGGCGGCGAUCGUCUCCACACGAGGCCCGACGGGUAUCGCACCCACCACACCAGCAGAAGAGAGCGACACAGGGCUCAGUACUGGCGCCAUAGCUGGCAUUGCCGUCGGUGCGGUAGCCGGCAGUGCACUCAUCCUGCUGGCAGCCAUAGUCUUCGUAAAGUUUGGAAGCGCACCUGCAAAGCUAAAAACAAGCGGUUCAAUGAUGAAGGUAGUGCCGACUGAAGUUGAAGAAGGCGCGACGGGUCAUGAAGGCGUCAAGCAGGCAUGGGGUGACAAUUCGCAGGUGGUCGUGGAAAGCCUCGCCUGAGACUGCUUACAACCACUAGGGUCCAGGCUUGCUGCAUGGCAAUGAUUCCAGUUGAUAUUCCUGCUAAGCAAGCUCAUUGUCCCUACACAGUGGGUCUCCAAACGAACAUGUUCCAAGUUACGAUAAUUUAAAAAUGCCAACCCCAUCGAACCCAUUGGUUCGAUGCUUGUAUGUACGGACAAGAAAGGGUUACAUUAACACGGAUUCCACUGGCAGAACAGUGGAAGCGGUAUGGCCAUCACCUUCCACUCCCGGCCUUCAAGUUCGCGGACCAGCAACAUUCAAUUAUCCCUCUUCUCCCAGAUUUGCCUAUAGGAUACUCCCGUGUUUUCCCAUGAUGUAUUGCACUCUACGACAUAGCCUGAACUUGUGAAAAGGUUCUUUCAAAGACACCAGGCUGCAAUAAUUCCUCAUUAAAAUUUCAUAUACCGAUAACUGUUAGUUGAUACUGGAUUUCAAGAUGCACAACGCCGCGUGAUUUGACCGCUGGGGCCGACUUGAACGUUCUAUGAAGCUCAGUGGUUGCCGUAUUAUUCAACAAAGUAGGACUUAACCUGAUCAUUGGUCUAUUUCACACUCAAUUUCGCCACAAAUUAGUAACUUCCGAACAGUCUGAUGUAAUCACAUGCGUGUGCAGCAGAGGCUGUUGUCUCAUUGUCGACUGCAAUGGUAAGACAUGGAUCGCAUUUUGCAUACAGCCUUUUUACAGAACCGUACCAGAACAACAAGGACAAUCAAGGCUUGUUUGCUGCUACUUCAAGUUUCAUGCUCACGCAAUCAUCAGGCAACAUACAACCUCUUAUAAUCAUUAUAGAAAAGUAUUAUAGUGCUGAAGGAUACUGGUGAUAUGCUGGUAUCUCACUUGUGGA